AUGUUCUAAACCCGCCCUCAUUUACCUUCUUAUGCCACAUCCUAAUCUACUUAUAGGACGUAAUUUCAUAAUAAAGCAGGAAGUGAAACAAGGAAAGCAAUUGAUCACUAUUCCUAUGCCAUUAAUGAGGAAAUAGGAAGGGGAUUCAGCAGUAGAGUCUAUAAGGGGAGAGAUGAGAACACGGCAGAAAAUGUGGCUGUUAAAGUAACAUAAUUACUUAAAGUUCAGGUGAUUGAUAUGAAGAUGGUCAAGCAAUCAAUUCAUUCCCAGCUCUUAAAAAAUGAGAUCAGUGCACUCAAAGCCUUCAAUCACAAAAAUAUUAUGAAGCUCCAUGAUGUAUUUCAAACCCAAAAUAACACCUAUAUCAUCACAGAAUUUUGUGACUCGGGUGAUCUCAACAAUUACAUCAAGAAGAAGGGAAGAAUAGAAGAAUCUGAAGCUAUAAGAAUAUUAUAAGCAGUAGUUAGUGCAUUAAAUGAAAUGAACAAGAAAGGUUACAUCCAUAGAGACAUUAAACCAGCUAACAUUUUACUCAAUGACAACCAACCAAAAUUGGCUGAUUUUGGCUUUGCAGUCCCCGCUUAUGAAGCUAGAAUCUAAGGCAGAAACUUUAACGUUGGAACUCCUUUAUAUAUGUCUCCUUAAGCUCUAAGAUAGUAAGGACACACUGAAAAAGGAGAUGUUUGGGCUAUCGGUAUUGUAUUUUUUGAAAUGCUUUAUGGUAGAACACCUUAUAAUGCAUCAUCUGAAGCCGCUCUCAUUUCUAACAUCUAACAUUAAUAAUUAGUUCUACCUUCAUCACCCAUUGUCUCUGAUGAAUCAAAGGAUUUCAUUCGUAAAUGUUUACAGAUAGAUGAAUUUAAGAGAUGGCGAGUUAAGGAUUUGACAGAACACACGAUUAUGCAAUCAAGAAAUUUAAGUCCCAUAGAAAAAAGGAAACCAUUAAAAUAAAUUCAAAAUAUCACUCUGCCAACUGAAAACUCACAAGUAAAGAAGAUUAAAAGAAGUCAAAGUUAGAACAUUAGGGAGAAUACUGUAAGGGAUUUUAAACCUCAGUAGAUAGAGGAUAAGCGAAAAGUGCAUGAAGAAAAUCAAAAAAAACUUGAAGAAUAAAUACUGCGAUCAGCUAGUUAAAACUAAUUAUUGUUACCUUAAAAAAUAGUUAAUACCAAUGCUUUUGAAGAAUAAGUUCAACCCACUCCUCCCUUAUAAAAAUAGAAAUCAAUUACUCUUGAUUUCAAAUAAAACAACGAGAUUUUAUUCUGCUAAAUUAAUUUCUGUCGUUUUCUUUAUAAAUUUUCAUAGCAUUUGGCAAGUACAAAAGUAUUUCCAACAGAUAUUAGAGAUAGAUUACUAUUCCUAAUGGGCAAAAAUAUAGCCAUUAAGAUAAAUAAGUUAUCCACAAUCUUAGAUAAAGAAAAUAAAUCAGAAAACAUUUUUAAUUUAACUGAUUUUGAGAAUUAUAGAAAAAGUGAAUCUUAUAAAAGAUUCUGUUAAGCAAUUUCAGAAUAUCAGGACAAAUAUUUGAGACAUUUUGAAAAAGUCUUAAAACUCGCCAAUAAAAAUAAUUUCCAAAAAGAUUCGAUUAUUGGAGUGUUGUGUAAUAAUAACUUAGUUGAAUUAGAUUCAUUCUACAAAACAACUUAAUAGUAUUUAAGACUGAGUAUAACAGAAAUUAAAUAGAAUUUCUAAUUUAUUAAAUUUGAUAAGCAAGAGCAAUCUUUGCCAGAAGAUUUAUAAAUGCAUGCAUUCAUCUUGCAAGGAUUAGUCGGAUAUUAGGAUUUGAUUCAAAAAGUUUUAGAUUAUCCUUCAGAUUAUAAAUAGUUUUAAAAGGCUUCUCAACCUGAACUUUUUAUAGAAAGAAAACCAGGAUCUAUUAGUUACAAUUAAUUAGAACAAUUAAUGUGA